CAUCGAAUACGUCUCGCAACUGAUGGACACGCUGCGAACCGUGCGGUUCACGCUUCUCGUGUACUCAUUCCAGAGCUAUAGCGAGGUGGGCCGCGGCGUCUGGCGAAGGUGGCUGGAGCGAGUACUCCCCGCUCACUUACAGGAUUCCUAUACACUGACCGUAGAUCGAGACACCUAAAACAUCGGCUGAAUGUACGUAAGUUUCGUAGCGAAGCGUACGCCAUAAUGGGCAAGCCAAGUACUAAAUUGGGAUAUAUAAGAAAAAUUACAACAUAUGUUGUCAA